AUGCUCAACGGGACCCGGCAGCGCGAGCACGACGACGAGGACGGUGGACAGGACGCUGGGAAGAGGCUGAACGUGCAGCAGGCGGAUCAGGGCCCGGGUCACUACGACAUCUACGCCCUCCCCUCCUUCAUCCCCCCUUCUCCCCUCCUCCAAUCCCCCUCAACCUUCUACCAAUCCUGCUCCUUCAUCAUCGUCAACCGCGUCGCCGGGCUCCAGACCGGCCUCGGCAUCCGCAUCGGCCUGUCCGCUUCUCCAGCCGCGCCGAACCUCCUCGCCGCGACGACAGAUCCGGGAUUCUUCCUCCCUCGAGAGACGGGGUAUGAUGCGUCCAAGGCGGUACUGCUGGGCUGGGUUGAGGAGGAGCGGCUAGCGGAAUUGGAGGAGAUCGUGCGGAGUUGUGAAGUGCCGUUUGUGCAGGAUCCGCCGAGAGGGGGAGAGGUGCUCGAGUGGCUUUUGGGCGUCGGGCGACGACUAGAAUACGAGGGAAUACUGUCCAACCCGGAGUUGUUGCUCAGCGAUGUCCUCCAGCAACGAUAG